CUGAAAGCAAACGAGUCCUCGUCUUGAUCCGAUCCUUCGCAGCCAUGGCGACCUUCGCCCUGUCGAUUCCGCACGCAGGCCCCCGCAGCUUUUGCCUACGCCCGAUUAGAGCUUCCUCUAAUGGGGUUCCGUUCUUGAAGCCGAAAUCGGGAGGGCCAACGAUCCUGGAGAUACCCCUUGACAAGAUUAGGCGGCCGCUGAUGCGGACGCGGGCGAACGACCCCCUAAAGGUGAAGGAACUCAUGGAGAGUAUCAGAUUAAUUGGUCUCCAGGAACCUAUUGAUGUGCUAGAAGUGGAAGGAGUUUACUACGGUUUUUCUGGAUGCCACCGCUACGAGGCUCAUCAGCGACUUGGCCUCCCAACCAUUCGUUGUAAAGUCCGUCGCGGAACAAAGGAGACAUUAAGGCAUCAUAUGAGGUGAACUAAAAGAGAACCACCGAAGGAGUUCAUUGUGGAAGCAUUGAAUUCGGGUACAAACUACACACUGCCACUUCAAAUUAGGUGUAGUAUUUGUUGUCGAUAACUCCUCCGGUCGAGUUCAUAAUUUAAACGGAGAAGAACAUUUUUAUCGGCAAUUCACUUGCUUGUAAAAUUAUGGCACUUUGUCAUUGUAAAUGAUCAGCUAACAAAUGUUUAUUUUGUUGUUAAGUAAACAUUUAAUCUUCAAAUUAAUCACCAAUUAAUGCCAAUCACGAGUGAUUAUUACGUGUGUAUA